CAUUCGGCAGGUCGUUUGAAGUCAUUGCGAGUGAUCGGAGGAUUCAUCUUCAUCACCCACCGGAGCAACCGCACGAUCCACACUCCCAGUCAUUCUCGAUUCUCUUCCCGCCAUUCCUUGUCCCGGUCGAGCAAGAAGAGCAGGUAUGGCGCAGAAGACUAAUCCCUUGGAAGACGCGAAGAGGAGGUGCGUCUGCCUCGUCGACGCGAUCGAGCGAUUGCCUCCUCCCUCGAUCACCGAUUCCUGCAAGCGCACGCUCCUCAAGCUGGCCGAGUCCGAGCUCUCUUUCCUCUCUCGACGCGCUUCUUCUUCUUCUUCUUCGGAUUCGCCUCUCAGUGUUAAUAUUGGACACCUUGAAGCUGUUGUUCACAUUCUCCGGCAUCUUUCGGUUGCGGGAGUUUCACGUGUUUGCAAGCCUAUCCCUCUGUCGCCUGCAAGCGGGAAGGUGCGAAGAACUGAUUCCGGUUCGAAGUUUGCCCAUGUUGAUAUCGUGUGCACGCUGAAAGGAAACCCGGUUUGGGUUGUUGUAUCCGAUAGGAACCCAAACUAUGUAAUCUGGCACAAUGGCCAUAAAGGCAAGGGAUUGAGAUUGAGAAUUCAGCAAGUUGUUGCUGCUGCUCAGUUCUCACCGACGCUGAAGCCUUCGUCAAUUAUUCUUUUCUUUUCACGCGGUGUGACCGACUCCAUUCUCAAGAAGAUUGUCGACGAAUUUCGGGCCGUUAAGUAUAAAAUGGAAGCUGACUUCCCCCUUUCCAUUGUUGCUUUUUUGGAGGAAAUGGAAGGUGAGUGGAUAAAUAUAGUUGCAAGGUCUUACCAAGAAUCAGUUGCACUAGAAAUAAAGGUGGAUAAUUUUGAGAAACCAGCUCGAGAUCCAGAAUGGGGAGCUGGAGAAUCAAUUCUGGGUGCUGCGGAGGCAGAGAAUCCAGAUGGAAAUGUGAACCUGAAUUAUCCUACUACCUUUGACACUCUAAUUUCUGGCUUGAGUCCUCCCAUGAAAGGAAAAGAUAUGGCUUCUGCUAAAACAAGAGAGGUACUACAUGGAGGUGACCUCAUUAAUUUUGAUACUACAGCUUUAAUUGCUCUUGUAUCAGACAUUAGUAAUGGUGGUGCGGAGGAACUUUUGAAUGUGGCAGAAACUGAGUUGAGGCAGCAGUUCAAAGGGAACUUGCCUUUUGUGAUUGGACAGGUACAUCAAUUUUACCGUGUGAACCCAUUGGUUUCUCCUUUGUCUCCUAAGUGUUAUGUUCAGCAUCAGUAA